CCCAGCGGAGGAUUGUGGGAUAGAAAGCUAUCGCCAGGGCAACAGUAGAGUUUAGCGAGCGGAAAUCUGCAGCUAGCAGAACAGUAACGGCGAUCAAUUAUUAAAGAAACAUCUUUUACCCCAAAUACCGUUUUAGUUUGUUGCCAUGAACGAAUCUGUAGCCAAAAAGACCCAGGAGACUCUGGGAAAAGUGAUCAAAAAGCCUCCUCUGACAGAAAAGCUGCUCAGCAAACCGCCGUUUCGAUACCUGCACGACAUCUUCAGUGAGGUAAUACGUACCACAGGCUUUAUGAAAGGACUUUAUGGAGAAGCAGAGAUGAAGUCCGAUAAUGUGAAGGACAAAGACUCAAAAAUAGUGUUCCUUCAGAAGGCCAUUGAUGUUGUGAUGCUGGUUAGCGGAGAGCCCUUGGCUGCUAAACCCGCUCGAAUUGUAGCCGGACACGAACCAGAGAAGACCAACGAGCUGCUGCAGGUCAUUGCUAAGUGCUGUCUCAACAAGCUUCCCAGCGAUGAGGCUGUUAGACGAGUGUUAGCAGGAGACAAGGUAGAUCAGAAGGGGAAGCCCAGCACCUCCAGGUCCCAGGACAAGGAGAACAGAGAGGGCAGGGAGCACCACCGAGACCGUGAGGAGAAGAAGGGCAUCAAGGAGAGCAGCGGUAGCAGAGAACAGAAGGAUCCAGAUCAACCGAAAGAUCAAGAGAGCAAGAGGGACGACAAGGACCGUCGGCGAGAUGCUGAUAGGACAGACAAGGGACGCGAAAGAGACCGGACAAAAGACAGAGACAGAGACAAGGACAAGAGCCGGGAUCGGGAGAAAGACAAAUCCAGAGACAAGGAACGGGAGAAGGACCGCAAUAGGGACAAGGAGAGAGAACGAGAUAAAGAGAGGGAUAAGAAAAAAGAAUCUCACAAAGACAGAGAACGAGACAAGGAGAGAGAUCGCGAGCGCGAGAAAAGACGGGAGAGAGAAAAAGAACGACACAGAGAGACUGACGAGAAGAUAAAGGACAGAGGCGAUAAAAAGAUCAAAGCAGCGGAGGAGAUCGGCAAACCAAAGCCUCACCCAGAGGUUGCAAGUAAAACACAUGAAGCCAAAGCAGAUGAGAUUGAGAGUCCUUCCCGGAUUCCGAGGCCCUCAUCGGCUAAAGGACAGCGGCGGUGGCCCAAAACGGGAGGUCAAGAUGAGACUGAUAGUGAAGGAGAAGGGGAAGCCCCUUCAGCAGAGAAACCACUACCCUUAGAGAACGGAGACAUUGCAGAUUCGGUGCCACCUCAAACAACACACAGAAGGUUACCGCGGCCUAGCAGCGCUCGACCGGCAGCCCCCCGCGUCAAACGACAGGAGAGCUACACUGAUCACGUGACCCCGGCGGAGAGGCUGGGCAGUGGCAAGACCCCUGCGACUGUGAUUUUGGAUGGAAGGAAGCUUUCUGAAGAUGAGGAUGAUGAAGAUGGGCAGUUUGUGGUGGAGGAGGCAUCUGCUCCUCCUCCUGACAUACCUGAAAUUGAGCGUAAUUCGCUUGAGCUGCAAGGAGAUGACAAACACGGUGGACUUGUGAAAAAAAUCCUAGAGACUAAGAAAGACUAUGAAUCAUCUCCAUCCACAAAGUCAAAAGAACAGGAUCGGUCACUGGUGUCAGAGUCGUCUCGUAAGAAGGAACGCGAACUGGUGGCGAAAGAGAUUGAGCGACUGCGUUUGUCCAUUCAGACAGUGUGUCGCAGCGCUCUUCCUCUCGGCAAGAUCAUGGACUACAUUCAGGAGGAUAUGGACUCCAUGCAGAACGAACUGCAGACCUGGCGCAAAGAGAACAAGGAGAGCGCGCAGGCUCUGCUGCAGGAACAAAGAAUCACAGACGGCGUUGUGGAGCCUCUGAAGGCCGAGCUCGCUGAACUGGAGCAGUUAAUCAAAGACCAGCAGGACAAGAUCUGCGCGGUCAAGUCCAACAUCCUGAAAAACGAGGAGAAGGUCCAGAAGAUGGUAUCCAGCAUUAGCUUCUCCUCACAAACGUGAAUAGCAGCACAUCCCAAAAGAAACCUGAAGUACUGAGCAGCAGGGAGAGCUCCUGUUAAUAGAUCCGAUGUCUUUGAGCUGCACCGGAAAGAGUUCAGAAGGUGCAGGUACAGUCAGGAGUCACUCUCUUCAAACCCCCUUCAUGUAAGGUGCCUUCUGUUAGACCCAGGAUCUGUUUGCGCUGGUCCUUUGGGAUUCUCAAACACACUCAAACGUCUGCAGUAGAUUUGCACUCGUCACUUGCUUGAAAGAUAAAUGUGUGUGGUCACCAUACUGAUGUGUCCUGUAUUUUUUAAAUAGGACCUUGAUUGCAUUCCAUGUUCUCUUAGGAAAACAGACCGACUGGUUUGUUUUAUGUGAUUUUUAUUUAGCUUUUUUCCAUUCAGACUGACAGGUGUUUUUUGUCUCACAGGAGAAUAUUGGCAACAUAUCAUAUAUGUAUAUACAAUUAUUUAUAUAUGUAUAUGUGUGCAUAGAAACUGUGGAAACUUGUUUCUGCCAUUUCUGGGAUUAAAUAAAAAAAAAAAAAAACUUUUUAUCUCACAGAAUUCUGAGAAAGAAAGGCAGAAUGUGAGAUAUGAACUUGCAAUUGUAAUUAAAAAAAAACAACCAAAAAAACAGAAUUUUGAGAAAGUCAAAGUUUUUUAUUUAGCGCAAAAAAACGGCUGCGACAUUUAUAAUUCAGAUAAAAGGUCAAUUAUGUAAACUCAGAAUAGUGAGAAAGUAAGUCAGAUUUCUGAGUUUAUGUCUGGCAAAUUAUAUUCUUAAAAUUGUGAGAGAAAAAAGUUCAAAUUGUGAGAUAAAAAGUCACAUUUAUAUUUUUUAUUUAUUUAUUUAAGCUGUGGCUGAAACCGGCUUUCAUGGAAAUGUGACGUAUAUAUGUAUAGAUAUAUUUUAACGUAACUUUCUAAAGCUGCUAGUAAGCAAUAGAAUUUUACAGAUGUGCAUUAGAAUUGCCAAAAAUUAGAGACACACCGCAAGCGCACCUUUGCACUUUGAUGAAUGAAACUGUAAUACAGCACAUCAUUUACCUGUACACAUCCGAAACCUCUCAGCUUAAUAUAUGUUCAAAAAAAUACAAGAUGAGAUUGCAUAAAUGUCUUUUUAAGCCAAUUUAUCAUACAAAUCAAGAAAUGUAUCUCGUUGAACAGUACAUGUGUGUAAUUUCAAAUUCAUAUCAAUGAUUAUAUUUCAUUUGAGAAAACAUGACUGAGAAACUUUUUUUAAGAGGGCUGUUGAGAGCGUUUUCUACUGCAAACCGAUCCACGAAGCAAUUGUUACAUCGAAAAUGUCUAUUUUGAUAAGGUUACGUCAGGAAAACUGUGUUAGACGAAGCAAUAGUUGAAUCCGCUGGUCAAGCGCAACAUUUAGCAUGUAUAUCCCGUCACACUUUAUGGAUACUGUGGUUACUGUACCAGUGUCUAGAUGAAUUCUACAUCUAAACCACACAGCAUGAAUGUCGGUAGAAUCAGACUUCAAUAUAGAGAUUAUAUGCUACAUCAGUAUUAUCAGCUGUGCACCAUGACACAAAAUACAGUUUGCUACUCAAGUAAAAUCAAAAAUGUCAGUAAGAUAUAUUUGUGUUUCCAUUUACUUUGUAAAAGAGCCGACCAUUUACACUGUAUACGAUUUUUACCAUUUGCUGUACAUUUUGUGUAUAUGUUGUUUGUAUCAUAGUCCUCAAAUGAAUAUUAAUUUUGUAGUGAAGUCUAAUAAACACUUACUCUUCUG